AACCAAAGACUCAGCACCAGACUACCAGUAUGCAGAUGUCCAGCACAAGUGUCCUGCCAGCGUUUGGCCUUGGGUCAAUGGCCAAGUCAGCUGGACUUAUGGAGAUUGCUGUCAGGCUAUGCUUGAACCAAAGUAAACAACUGUGUCCUCAUGUUUGGGUACCCAUUCUGAAGCCCCUGCGACCAUGCAUCCGUCCUGCAGUUUCAGAAGAGAUAACCUCUGACAUCUUAGGCCAAGCCUAUCUGAACCACCCUCUCUUCGAAUUCUUGGAUGAAUUCGAUGAUGAUGACAUUCUUAUCCCAAUCAAGAACAAACAUGUGGUUUUUGCUGACUCAAAGGGAUUGUCUCUAACAGCCGUGCGAGUCUUUUGUGAUGAAGAGGAGCAGUCUGACCUCGACCUACUGCCAUCACUGCAGGAUUUGGGAAGCAUUAAAGAGGAUGGCUACAGCUGCACUGUCAGCACUUGCUGCCCAGGAACACGGCUCAAACUGGCCUUCCCACAGCCCUCUGAAAAUUUCCAAGCCUUUCGUGCUAAGCUUGCAGACAGCAUGGUUAUCUUGGAGAACUGCAGUGUUACUGAAGUGGCCCUCCAAGGCACUGUCCGAGUCAGAAAUAUCAGUUUCCAGAAGGACGUGAAUGUGCGUAUCACCUUUGAUUCAUGGCAGAGCUACAAAAAUGUGCCCUGCACAUACCUGCAGAAACGCUUUGGAGGACCACAAACAGAUAUCUUUGAAUUUUACAUUACUAUUCCUAAAGUGCUCGAUGCUAAGAGAAAGAUAGAGUUCUGUAUCAGUUACUCACCAGGAGAGCAGAGUAAGACCUAUUGGGACAACAACAGCGGACAGAAUUACAGGAUUGCUGUGUGUGUGAGCUCACAUCUCUGUCGUGGAAAAAAUCUAAGUGAAAGGGCAUGAUUUACUCAGCCCUAGAUAUACUCCCUGUUUAAUAUGCUACUGCUCAAUACAUCAGUACUGGGUGAAGAUGAGGUUAACCAUUUUAUUACAUUUGCAUUGUUUUCACUUGAUUCUUUUAUUUUCAUAAAUGUUUAGGCAUCUUCGCAACUGCUGUUUUAUAGAGAAAAAGUAUUUAAAACAUGUACAUUUUGCUCACAUUGUCUUUUCCAAAGUUGUUUAAAAUAAAGCAUCAAAUGGUAGACUUUUCUGUGCCAG